AUGCGUCUGCAUGCUUUCUUCGCCGUAGCGGCGUGGGUCACUCAUCUCGUCGUCGCUCGCCCAAACCCCACUCGCGAGCACAUCGCUCAAGCCGCCGAUGGUUUGAGUGCAUGCCUCAAGAGCGCUGACCACAACGGACGCCACGGUAUCUUGGCCGCCCAGCGCGCAGCAAUGGUCAACGAUAUUCGCAAGACCCGAGGCAUCACAAUCUCACCUUAUCCGAAGCGUGGAACCAAGGAAGACGUCGAGCACCGGCUCCGCCUCAGCCACGAGCAAGAUCUUAACAAUCCCGCCUGGCGCACCAAAAACGACGAAUACCUAUUCAACUACCACACCUCCGAUACCCUCGGCGUCCAGCAAUCCGCAUGCAUCCUCACUCCCGAGAGCAUCUACGGGCCAUACUGGCACGACGGCCAGCUCGAGCGCAAGGAUAUCCGCGGAGGGCAGAAGGGCAUCUACAUGCGUCUCGCUGUUCAAGUUAUCGACCUCGCAACGUGCAAGCCGGUUCAAGGCGCGCAGGUUGAUGCAUGGCAGGCGAAUGCUCUGGGAAUCUAUAGUGAUCACGCUGAUCAGUCGCUGAGGGGCUGGCAGAAGACGAGCAAGUGGGGCACCGCAGAUUUCGAUACGAUUUUCCCUGGUCAUUAUCCUGGCCGAACGACGCAUACGCAUGUUGCGGUGCGUGCGAAAGACGACAUACAUAUGAUGCAUGUAGGGCAGAUCUAUUUCGACGACUGGCCGCGGAUGUGGGUUGAAACUACGGCUCCGUAUCGCGAUAACCUGAAUCCCGUCACGCCCAACAUUGACGAUGGCGUCUUCAUUGAGAUGGCGGCUAGCAAAGACUACGACCCUUUCGCUAAAUGGGCUUGGCUCGGCCCAAACUACCCUCAUGACGGCUUGAUUGCGUGGAUCGUCAUGGGCGUCAACACGACUGCCACCGUCGAGCAGCCACCGCACGACGAGAAACGCGACGGUGGACUCUUCAAUACCAAAUUACGGGAAUAG